AUGAAUAGUUCUUCAAAAGCUAAAGUGUUCGUACAUAGUGACCGUCAAUGGGAAGAGAUUUGCGUAGGGUAUGUUUAAAUUGUGCAUACAGAUGGUGCUACUUUUAUAAGAGGGAUAAUGGAAAAAUAAUUGAAGUAAUGUAACAAUAUAGUGACAUAUUCACAUUUGAAUAUCAACAAGGAAGAUUGGUGCAUAAAUUUAAAAGUGAAUCCAGAAAUAACUUAUGAGUAGCAAGGCGAUAAUAUUAUCUCUUGGGAGGAAAUUGAGUUGAAAUUGGAAAUAGCAAUCAGUUUUAUUGAUUGCAGGUAUUCAUAAGAGUUUUGGAAUUAAUUAUAAAAUAGUAAAAGACAUUUUCGAUACGAUGAUCCAGAAUCAACUUAUCCUAUAAUACCAUCUCAAUAGAAUUUGGAAGCAGUUUAACUGUGGAUCAGUGAUAAUCCUGAAUUAAUAAUAUAGAAACUAACAACUGAUCCACACAACACUUUUCUGGAAGCCUUAGCAAAAAUAUUUUAAGAUUCUGAGUAAUAGCAACAUUUACAUACAUUAGAACAAUUGCAUUAUGUAAUAAGGAAUUUAAGUAUUUAUAUUUAAUGUAUGAAUUUAGUAUAUUUAAAAAAUGAAAAUGUCUUAAAGAAAUUGUUGAGUGACAAAUUUUAUAUGACAUUAUUUGGAAUCAUGGAAUGUAUUAUAUAAUAUAUUAAUAAAUUAGAUCAUUCUGAAAACAAAGGGCCAUAAAGAGUCUCAUAUAGAAAUUUCUUGAGUUAAGAAUUAAAAUUUCAUCAAAUAACAGAUUUGGACAAUGAAAUAAUGGAGAAAAUUCACUUUAAUUAUAGAUUAUCAUACUUAAAAGAAAGUGUUAUGGCAUAUUAUCUCUAUUUAGAAGAUCCAAUUUACAAUUAAUUUAAUUUCUAUAUUAAUUAGAACAAUUAAUCAAUAUUAGAAAGUUUAUUGUUAAAUCAUUCAUCUUAAUUUGAACAAUAUUUAAUUAGUUUUCUUGAUAAUUUGGAAUUGAAUUGUAAGUUUAUAAAUGAAUUCUUUUUAUCAUUUAAACAAUUUUUAUAGAUUUAAUCAUUAAAUGAAGCAUUUGUUAAUUGCAUAGGUAAAACAGAUUUAUUAAGAGCAUUAUUUUCAAAAACUCUAGAAAAUUAAUAAUAAUAAUUAUGUUUUACAACAUUAUAAUUGACAAUAAUGAUUGGAAAUUCAAAUUCACAAUAUUUUUAAGAAUUCUUGAAAUAAAAUCAGUAACUAUUUUGGUAAAGUAUGGAAGCCUUACUUUUUAGUAAUAUGACAACUCUACAUAGUAUGAUCAUAGAUAUUAUACAAUAUAUAUGUUUAAAUUAAGCAAUACUUAGUUAAGGAAUAGAUUGGUUAAUGAAAUGUUUUAAUUAGAAAUUAAAUGCAUCAGCAGCUGCAUCUUUAUAAGAGAUUGUUUAACUCAUUUGUUAAUAAUAAAAAACAUUUACAUAAGAAUUGAUAGUACUUUCAAAUCAUAUUUUAAAUAUUUUGAAUUAACAAUAAAAAUUAGUAAUAAAGGAUAAAUUUAUGAUAAUGCCAGCUUUAAAACAUUUUAAAUAUUUGUGUACAUCAAAUUAUUCUUAAAUUGUUAAACCUUAUUGUGAAUCAUUUAUUCAAAUAUCAUCAAGUGGAAGAAUAAAUGGAAUAUUAGAAGGUUAAAUAAGAGACAUUAUAAAAUAUAUUAAAACUAAUACAACACUUAGUCAUUAUAUAGUAUAAAUAUUAAUUUAUAAUUUAGGUUAUUUAAGUAAAGAAUUUGAAUCUAUAAGAUCAUCCUCUAUAUUAAAAGUUGGUAUAACAAUAUUCAUAUGUACAAUUAGAGGAUGGAUCAAAAAUAAGAAUGUAAAUGGAAGAUUUAAAGUAUUAUGAAAAUGAUGAUUCAGAAGAAUAAGCACCUUAAUAAUAGACUGUUUAAGUGAUAAGAGAAGAAAUUAGAUUAGAUUUUAGUAAAAUUGUAAGAAAAAGAAAUGAUAAUGAUGAGGAUGAAGAUGAAGUGAAAGUGAGAGAAACAAAACCAAAAGGAAUCAUUUUUGGGGAGAAUUGUUUUAAAAGAAUAAAAACGGAUGAUGAUGAUGAGAAUUGAU